ACUACUGCACUGUUGGAGCUAGGAACACAAUCGCUACACCGGCAAUAACACCUGCUAAAUAUGUGAAUGUGACCAAUAACACUUGAUUUGAUUUUGACUGACUACAGUAUCACCAUAGCUAAUUUCUGAGCCAUAUCACACAAAUAUCACUUUGUGACUAUUGAAGGAUAAGAUAUAAGAUAAAAUAUAACAUGUUUAAACGGGCGAAAUCAGUUUACGAAAAAGUAUGGGGCAUCAUGGACAUUGUGCUACUAUUAAAGAUACUCAGCUAGCUACUAUCUAAUUUCAGCAGUGCGCGUGCUCAACACUUGGCUUUGUUUUUUUACCCCUUUGGAAUCUUGUUUGGUCGGGAGCUAGCGGUACUGCUACUCGCAUGGGUUCUAUUUACUGUAGCCGGUUAUGUCGGCAAGGUGUGUUUCCAUGAGGCAGUGGAGAAGAAUAUACUUUCUUUCGGACUGAGUGAGAGAGGGACCAAGCAAAGGCCAUGGCCGGGGUAUUCGACAUUGAUUUGGAUCAGGCGGACGAAAAUGUGUCUGAUGACGAACUCGAGGAUGGGACCCAAAUGAGCGAAUCCAUGGAGCAAUGCAGCGGGUUCGAAUUUAACAUGGACGACUGUGAAAAGUUUGAAAUCUCUGAAGACAGCGUCAACAAAGGAACGGAGCAGAUUCGUCCGGAAUGCUUUGAGUUGCUCCGGGUUUUAGGAAAAGGAGGCUAUGGAAAGGUUUUUCAAGUUCGUAAGGUGUCGGGUGCCACUUCGGGAAAGAUAUUCGCCAUGAAGGUCUUGAAGAAGGCCAUGAUAGUGCGUAACGCUAAGGACACAGCUCACACCAAGGCAGAGAGGAACAUCCUGGAGGAGGUGAAGCACCCGUUCAUAGUGGACCUCAUCUAUGCCUUCCAGACAGGGGGCAAGCUGUACCUCAUCCUGGAGUACCUCUCAGGUGGGGAGCUGUUUAUGCAAUUGGAGAGAGAGGGGAUCUUUAUGGAGGACACAGCAUGCUUCUAUCUGGCAGAGAUUUCCAUGGCUCUGGGACACCUGCAUCAGAAAGGCAUCAUCUACAGAGACCUGAAGCCAGAAAACAUCAUGCUCAACAACAACGGUCACAUCAAGCUCACAGACUUUGGACUGUGUAAAGAAUCAAUCCACGGCGGCACGGUUACUCACACCUUCUGUGGUACCAUAGAAUACAUGGCCCCAGAGAUCCUGAUGAGGAGUGGACACAACCGGGCUGUAGACUGGUGGAGCCUUGGAGCUCUCAUGUAUGACAUGCUGACAGGAGCACCACCAUUCACUGGUGAAAACAGGAAGAAGACCAUUGACAAAAUCUUAAAGUGUAAACUGAACUUGCCACCUUACCUCACACAAGAAGCCAGGGACCUUCUCAAAAAGCUGCUAAAACGCAACGCCUCGUUACGGCUGGGGGCGGGCCCAGGAGAUGCCUCAGAAAUUCAGUCCCACCCAUUCUUCAGGCAUAUUAAAUGGGACGAGCUUCUCGCUCGCAAAGUGGAGCCUCCAUUCAAGCCUUUUCUGCAAUCAGCUGAUGACGUGAGCCAGUUUGACUCCAAGUUCACCAGCCAGACUCCCGUCGACAGCCCUGAUGACUCCACGCUCAGCGAAAGUGCCAAUCAAGUCUUCCUGGGCUUUACGUAUGUAGCCCCCUCCGUGCUUGAAAACCUCAAGGAGAAAUUCCCCUUCGAGCAAAAAGUCCGCUCACCAAGAAGGUUUCUGGGAAGCCCAAGAACACCAGUGAGCCCAGUGAAGUUUGCUGGGGGGGACUGCUGGCCCCGGGCCCCCACCCAGGCUAGAGUCUCGUCCCUGCUGUCCCCUGGGGCCUCUGGGUCUGGAGACCAGCCCAUGGAGGUUGGUGUGGAGCAGAUGGACGUGAGCUCCAAUGCUGCUGAGGUGUCUGCCCCCCUGCCCAUCAGAAAGCCCUCUGGCAACACCACCACAGGCGGCCCCUUCAAGAAGCAGGCCUACCCCCCGAUGUCCAAACGUCCCGAGCACCUCCGGAUGAAUCUAUGACCCUCAGCUCCAUCUAGAACUCCUCUUUUCUAAUUCCUCCUUUCCCUUUUUAUUUUUUUAUUUUAAAAGCUUUUUAGAAAUUAAAGAAAUGACUGACGGACCACCGACCAUCGGCACCAAUCACCAGUUCCUCCAGACGCACCUUCCAUCUCUGCCUCCCUCUCCUCUCCUCUCUCUCUCCUCUCUCCCUCCCUCUCCUCUCUCUCCCCUUUUGAGCAGCUUGGGAGCCACACAGGGCUUUCUACCCUAGCAGAUAUGAACAAACUAUAGCAUCCUCCUGUUAGAGCUUUAGUCAGACAGCGAGAGGUCUUGACUACUUCCUUAUGCCCUGUAGGGUGUAGCUGGAGGAAGAGACGAGAGCAGUGCUGCUGCUGCCUGAUUUCCUGUGUUCUCCACUGGGAUAGCUUCUCAUAUGAUAUUCUGGUGCUUUGUACUUUGGGUGGAUGGGGAGUGGGGACAGACAGUGUUACUCAUGCAGCAAUGAUUUUCCUCACCAGGGGUGAGACGUUAUUGAUUUCUGAAGCCGUGUAAUAGACUUUUGAAGGCUGAGAGGGUGGAGAUGAUUUCCCCCUUAAAUGCCGCUGCUUCCUUUUUACAGGAUACAGUAUAGAUGGAGAAAAUCACAAUGAACACAGAACACAAUAUUCACUUCAGUUCUCAUGCUAUAGUAUAUUAGGCUACAUUGUUCCAUAAAAAAAAAGAUGGAAUCCACAAUGCCUUUUGUCACAUCCAGUCAGGAUAAAUCCUGUUGAACACGGCUGGGUUGUAUUCAGUAGGUUGAAAACGUAUUGAAACUGAAUUAAACAGGAAGGUGCAAUCUGAACUCGUCCAAUGAGAACAGAUUUCCGUGAGCCCUACUGAACAUGACCCUGGUGUGGUGUCAUUGAUGGAGGAGGGGCAGCUAAAAGCAGACAGAAAAACUCUUAGUAUGCUAUUUCAGCUGAAUGCAACACCUCCUGCACCAUAUGUCUUCAAUACCAAAUGCUGACACUGCUUUACCAGUCUGACUAGAUCUCUCUCGGUAGAUAGAAAACCUUUCUGUCUGUCUCUGUAUGUAGUACAUUUUUGCCUUGAAUGUAAAUUUACUAAAUGCCCUUUCGAGUGUCACUUACUCAGAUGACCCACAUGAGUUCUCUCCACGGUUACUGUUAACAUGCAUGCAGGUUUAUUAUAAUAUUAUGGACCUAUUCUUUUAGGGUGUCAGCAAAUUUGUCAUUGUCAGAUACAAACCGAGGGCUUGUCUUUUGAAUUGAAAGAAGCAAAGCGUCAAGGCCAAAUUCUGGUCAUCACUGCCUUUGUGUUUAGCUAAUCGCCAGGUUACAUUUGUCUAAUAAUGUACCUGGCUAGGUGCUUCACGGAUGCUUCCCUCAGUCUUUAUGAACCCUUGGUGAUAUCAGUAGGGCUAUACCGCUAUGCUGGUUCCAUUUUAACUAGUUUGAAAUGUGUGGUGUGACUUGAAGGUGUAUGUAUGUAUGUAUGUAUGUAUGUAUGUAUGUACAGUGGGGGGAAAAGUAUUUAGUCAGCCACCAAU